CCCUCUACUUGUUCGAACGCCUUCCCUCCUCUCUUCCAUUUUGUUCUUUCUCUUCUUCUAACUACCUUAACCGCCAUCUCGAUUCUUUCCUGUCUGACCAACUUCCAACUUUGCAGCAUCUCUCUCAGUCCCACGCUCUCAUUGUAUCGUCUGGAAACUCAAACAACAUCUUCAUUGCCGCAAAGCUCAUCUCUCUCUAUGCGUCUCUCUCCAGACCCACGUUCUCCACCAAAUUAUUUGCUUCAGUCUCUCCCAAAGAUACCUUUCUUUGGAACUCCAUAAUCAAAACCCAUUUCUCAAAUGCCAAUUACUCGAAAGCCCUCGAUUUCUUUUUCCAAAUGCGGGAUUCGGGUUUUUCUCCUAACCAAUUUACUCUUCCGAUGGUGGUUGCCUCGUGUGCCGAGUUGAUGUUGCUUGACCAUGGUAGCAGUGUUCAUGGGUUGGCUAAGAAACUCGGGAACUUUGCGGGUAAUUCGGCAGUUGGGUCUUCUUUUGUGUUUAUGUAUUCAAAGUGUGGUCGAAUGGAGGAUGCAUCUCUCAUGUUUGAUGAAAUUACUGUGAGAGAUGUGGUUUGUUGGACCGCGCUUAUAAUUGGGUAUGUGCAGAAUGAUGAGGGUGAGAAGGGUUUGGAGUAUCUUUGUGAGAUGCAUAGGGUUGGUGGCAUUGGUGAGAGGCCAAAUUUCAGAACGUUGGAAGUUGGGCUUCAAGCUUGUGGGGACCUGGGUGCUUUAGUAGAAGGUAGAUGCUUGCAUGGUUUUGUAGUGAAAAGUGGGACUGGGUGUUCUGGAGAUGUUAAAUCUUUGCUUUUGUCCAUGUAUUCCAGAUGCGGGACACCUGAAGAAUCUUAUCUUUCGUUUUGUGAUUUACAAAAUAAAGAUGUUAUAUCUUGGACGUCAGUUAUUGGUGUUUAUGCUAGAUCUGGGUUAAUGACUGAAUGCUUAAGUUUGUUUCGGGAAAUGCAGGAUAGUGAUAUAUAUCCAGAUGAAAUUGUUGUCAGUUGCGUGCUUUCAGGGUUUAGAAAUUCAUCCAAUGUCAAUGAAGGAAAGGCCUUCCUAGGAUUAGUCAUGAGGCAAAAUUAUGCAUUGUGUCAGAAUAUUCAUAGUGAACUACUGUCCCUGUACUGCAAGUUUGAGUUGUUGACUCUUGCAGAGAAGCUCUUUAGCGGAAUGCAGCACCAGAACAAAGAGUCUUGUUACACUAUGCUUUAUGGCUAUGGUAAGAUGGGACUGCAUACAAAAUGCAUAGAACUGUUUAGGAAGAUGAAACAUCAAAGCAUUGGAGCUGAUUCGAAUGGCUUGAUAUCUGUGAUUUGUUCGUGUUUUCAGACGGGAGCAAUCCAUCUUGGCCGAUCACUUCAUUGCUUUAUAAUUAAGGUUUCUAUGGAUGAAAAUGUCUCAGUAGCCAACACACUCAUAGACAUGUAUGGAAAAUUUGGUUAUUUGACCAUUGCAAGGAGAAUUUUUUCUAGGACACAGAAAGAUAUUAUAACAUGGAACUCAUUGAUCUCAUCUCACUCACAAUGGACAUUAUUUUGAGGCCAUAGCCCUAUUUCAUAAGAUGAUUGCAGAAAACUUCAUGCCCAACUCAGCAACAUUGGUAACAGUGCUUUCAGCUUGCUCUCAUCUCGCAUCUCUGGAAGAAGGAAAAAAGGUUCAUUGUUACAUUAAGGAAAGACAUCUUGAGAUCAAUUUAUCCCUUGCCACUGCAUUAGUUGAUAUGUAUGCAAAAUGUGGGCAACUUGAGAAAUCAAGAGAAUUGUGCAACUCAAUGGAAGAUAGGGAUGUCAUUUCUUGGAAUGUGAUGAUCUCAGGUUAUGCAACACGGACAUGCAGAAUCUGCAAUAAAACUUUUCCAUGAGAUGGAAGAUUUAAAUGUUAAACCAAAUGAACUCACCUUUCUCGCUCUCCUCUCAGCAUGUAAUCACUCAGGGCUGGUUGAAGAAGGGAAAUAUCUGUUUCUUAGAAUGCAAGAUCUUUCCCUUCAACCACAUUUGAAGCACUAUGCUUGUAUGGUAGGUAUUCUUGGCAGGUCUGGUAAACUGCAAGAAGCGGAAGAUUUGGUUCUGUCAAUGCCCAUUUCUCCUGAUGGUGGUGUGUGGGGAUCAUUGUUAGGUGCCUGCAAGAUUCACAAUGAAAUUGAGUUGGGCGUAAGGGUUGCAAGGCAUGCUAUAAAAUCUGAUCCAGAAAAUGAUGGCCACUAUAUAAUGCUUUCGAACUUGUAUAGUUCUAUUGGGAAGUGGGAGGCAGCUAUAAAUGUGAGAAAAAUGAUGGAGGACAAGAGCAUUGGAAAGACAAAGGGUUGGAGUGUGGUCUAACUUGUGUAGUUAAGAGAAACGGAAAUCAGUUUACAAAAGGAGUAAUCAGGAGAGCAUUGGAAAGACAAAGGGUUGGAGUGUGAUCUAACUUGUGUAGUUAAGAGAAACGGAAAUCAGUUUACAAAAGGAGUAAUCAGGAUCUACUGCAUUCACUUACAGAAAAGGAAAAAGUUUGAUCCUGUGUCCCGAGUUUCAGUCCACCACCAGCAAAAACGAGGCCAUGACCACUACUGAACUAAUUUUGAGGUGAGAGUGCAGAACUAGUGAUCAUAAAGAACGCAGGGCGUGCUAUAAAUGCAGAGAACCCCAAAGAGAUGUGCAAGCACAUGAAGGCUUUCCUCAUCGAUCCACUCCCUAAACCGAAACAAGAAAACCACAGCAACGGCCACAAGAUGGAUUGAGAUACCAAGAAAAGGUGAAGGCUAAUCAAGACGAUCAUUUUCUGAUUUUCGUUUAAACCUACAUUAUCGGAUAUGAGUUUCUGUAUUGUGGAUUAUAUGUUCGAGUUGAAUUUUGUACUAGAAAUUAUUUUGUUUGUUUAGAAAGCAGAAGAGUAUAUAUCACCGCCCAAAAUGUCAUUUGGUCCAUCACGGUAGAACAAUGAUUGGUUUUGCAAGAACUUGAUUUAUGCAGAUCCAUCUUA